AUGCUGACAAUCUUCUAUUGGCCUCACAAUACCGGCCCAAUGCUCACAUAUCUAGCAUCUUGCGGGUCGACGACCUGUGACAACAAACCGCCAAAUGGUUUAAGAUCCACCAACAUACAACUCCCAUCCAACCUCGCGCCAGGAAACUACCUCGUCUGCCACGAAGUCAUCGCUUUCCAUAUCGCUCUCCAUCUCGCCACAUCACUCAGCGGUGCGGAGUUCCGUGACGAUGUGCCUUAG